CGCGUGGUAGUUAAUAAAGCAACUUCAACUGAGCAAAGGUGAACCCGACUCCGGUUUAGAAAAAGUCAGGAGAGGACGCAAUGGCUGGAAAAACAGCGCUGAUUGUAUUUGCUCACCAAGAGAGGACAUCUUUUAACUAUGCCAUGAUGGAAGCAGCUCAGGCAGCUCUUAAGAAGAAGGGCUGGACGGUUCUCGUGUCUGAUCUUUACGAGAUGAAGUUUAAUGCUAUCCUGUCACGUGAUGAUGUCACAGGUAGUCCCCAGGAUCCGAGUCAUUUCAAAUAUGGCGCAGAGGCUGAGGCAGCGUGGAAGGAAGGGCGUCUCUCCAAAGACAUUGUGGAAGAGCAGAAGAAAGUGGAGAAGGCCGACCUUGUAAUCUUUCAGUUUCCCUUGUACUGGUUCGGGUUGCCCGCCAUAAUGAAAGGAUGGGUGGAACGAAUCUUCUGUAUGGAGUUUGCGUUCAGCUAUCAAAGAAAGUACUCUGAAGCAUCGUUCAAGAAUAAGAAAGCAAUAUUAUCCUUCACCACCGGUGGCUCCGAGUCGAUGAAUACACCCAGGGGCCUUAAUGGAGACAUCAAUGUUAUUCUGUGGCCUAUGCAGAAUGGCAUUCUGAAUUACUGCGGAUUCCAAGUCCUGGAGCCUCAGAUCUUAUACGGUGUGGCACACUUACCUCAGGAAGCUCGGGUUGGGAUACUGAAGAGCUGGGAGAAGCGAAUGGAGACCAUCUGGGACGAAAAGCCCAUCAGAUACAUUCCCUUUCAGGAGUUUGAGGGUGUGUCUGGUGGAUUUCUGCUGAAGAAGCAGGUGGAGGAGGCCAGAUCUGAUGAUAGGUAUGGCCCAACGGUGGGGCAACACCUGGGCAAACCUCUACCACCCGAUAGCCAGGUGAAGGCGGAAAUCUCCAGCUCAUAAGAGACGGCUUGGCAAAGUGUUUUACGUGAGAUGCUGUGUCCUUUCAGUCUACGCGUCACUGGCUGCACUAGGAUCUUGCCACUACGAUGCGGUAAUACAGAGAUGUGUCGUCACAGGAUCAUUUUACACAACGAGGUACCAGGCGGACAUUUUCGACAUCAAGUUCCUCUGCUCAUUCCCUCAUUUAUUGUAAUAGCCUGUAAAGCAUUUUACUCUUAUAUGACAUUAAAAUUUGUGUAAGUUUCA